ACUUCGAUGGGUCGAUCGUCAGUAGCCGCACACUUUCCAGCGCGGCAACAUGAUACUCGCAGCUAUUUAUUAUUUACUGCUGAUCGUACUUUACUUAUACAUAGCAUUAUGUCUGCUGACAUUAUUGGCACUCCUCUGCUACAAGAUUGGAUUCGAACCCGUGAAAGGUGUGUGUAAGUCCAACGCAAGACUCGACGGGAAGAUCGCCCUAGUGACCGGGGGGAACCAGGGCAUCGGUCUGGAGACUGCGAGGGAGCUCGCAGCCAGGGGAGCCAGAGUAAUCAUCGCGUGCCGCGGCGCAGAGAAGGCGGCAGAAGCGAUACAGGACAUCGUGGCCACGACAGGGAACAAGCAAGUGGAGUAUAUGCCCCUAGAUCUAUCGAGAUUCAGCAGCAUCAGACAGUUUGCUGCAGAUUUCAAUAACACAUAUGACCGGCUCGACAUCUUGGUAAACAACGCAGGUUGUGGUGGCGUUACACCGAAGUACACCGAAGAUGAAAUCGACUUUGUGAUGCAAGUCAAUUACUUUGGACCAUUCCUGCUCACAAAACUGCUGACAGAGAAGCUCAUUGCGAGCAAACCGAGCAGGAUUGUCAUAGUGUCGUCUAUAUUGCACUUCUUCGGGAAUAUAAAUGUGGAUACACUGGACAAAAUAGUUGGACACAGCAUAAAAUCAAAGUUUUACAACUACAGCAACAGCAAAUUGUGUGACAUGUUAUGGGCCAAGGCGUUAGCCAAGAAACUGCCGGAAGAUAUAUCGGUGAACUGUUUACAUCCCGGUUUGGUCAGGACGAAUAUAUUUAACUACUUGCCUCCUUUUUUUCUAAAAAUAUUCAUGUUUCUUUGUGAUGUACUGAACUUCAAGACGCCUAAAGAAGGAGCGCAGACAGUGGUCCACCUGUGUGUUGCUGACGAGGUGCAGAAUGUCCGAGGGAAGUAUUUCUCGGAAUGCUGCGAAGCGAAGUACAAACAAGUGGUUGAUGACGAAGAUCUUGUGGAAAGAGUUUGGAACAAGAGUGUAGAAGUGACCAGUUAAAUUGACUAUCAUAUAAACCAAACCAGUUUCUGGUGAUAACAAAAGAUCGAUGAAACUAAUUUGUAUGUAAUGUUCCUUUGUAUUAUAUUUGUAAUACAUAUCUUGUUGGUGAAAAACAAGUUUAUCUUAUAAAUUCUCGGGAUCAAGGUGUGUCAAGUUGAUUCCAGAUUAUUUUUUGACCUAAGAUGGAAAAUUUAUAUCAAACCACCUCUACUAGGGAUGACGAAGGGGACUGUCACAUUUACUGACUAAAAACCCCAUGUCUCAUGGGGUUUACACGUGGGUAAAAAGAUGGGAAUUAGUCCACCUUCCCUAAUCCACAAUCACAAUCAAGAGGUAUUUAAAAUUUAGCACAUUGGUACCUAAUUAAUAAAACGCAUUGCAAGAUAUAAAAUAUUGUUAUCAGAAUAUUGCAUUUUAACAACAAUUAAUUAACACUAAUCCAUUGAUUAGAUAUUUUUUAAUGUAUUUUGUUGUGAAAUAAUGCAAAACGUUACUACAGAAGUUUUUAAUAUUUAAAUCUUGUUUGAGGGUUUUUGAGUUAAAAUUAAAGUGCCAAAGAUAA